UCUAUUUCUUACUGCUUCUAACCCUGAUGGGAAUCCAAGAUGGUGGCCCGGCAUCUACAGCCAGAGUGAGGCUGCGCGGCAACACCAGUUCGCCAGCUCCGCCCAAACCCGGAAGUACGUUUUUGCUGUGGGUUGAGCAGCUAGUGCGGCCGCUCCCUGGAUAGCGGGCUUUCAUCCUCUGUGGGCUACCAUGGCGGCAGCCGCCGAGCUGCAGGGGAAGUACCAGAAGCUGGCGCAGGAAUAUUCUAAGCUUCGAGCUCAGAAUCAGGUGCUAAAAAAAGGUGUUGUGGAUGAACAAGCAAACUCAGCAUCACUGAAGGAACAGCUGAAAAUGAAGGACCAGUCGCUCAGAAAACUGCAACAGGAAAUGGACAGUUUAGCCUUUAGAAAUCAACAGCUGGCCAAGAGGGUAGAGCUGCUUCAGGAUGAACUUGCAUUAAGUGAAUCAAAAGGCAAGAAGAACAAGAAAAGCAGCGAAGCUUUAUCUCAGCUGAGCCAGGAACAGAAGAAUGUCUUUGAUGAGGACCUUCAAAAGAAGAUAGAAGAGAAUGAGCGACUGCAUAUUCAGUACUUUGAGGCUGAUGAGAAACACAAGCUUUUGGAAUCAGAGUUGCGGAGCAGAUUGGAGGUCUUGGAGAUGGAGGCUGCACAGCACCAGGCGGUGGUGGAUGGGCUAACGCGGAAAUACAUGGAUACGAUAGAAAAACUGCAGAAUGACAAGGCUAAAUUAGAAAUUAAAUCUCAGACUCUAGAGAGGGAAGCUAAGGAUUGCAGGGUUCGAACUGAAGAAUGCCAGCAGCAGCUAAAGAAUCUUCAUUCUGACUUGGGUAACAGGUUGGAUGAAUCUUUACGCAUUAUCCGUGAAAAAGUACCUUUCAAUGACACAAGAUCUAGCCAGUUCAAUGCUCUGAAUGUGCCAUUACACAACAGACGACGCCAGUUGAAGCUACGUGACCUUGUUGGCCAGGCACUGGCCUUCGUUCAAGAUCUGGUAACAGCUCUUCUGAAUUUCCACACCUACACAGAACAACGAGUCCAGAUUUUUCCAGUUGAUUCUGCGACAGACACUAUAUCACCAUUAAACCAGAAGUUUUCACAGUAUCUCCAUGAAAAUGCAUCCUACGUUCGCCCUCUGGAGGAAGGAAUGCUGCUCUUAUUUGAGAGUAUCACAGAGGACACUGUCACAGUGCUGGAAACAGCUGUGAAAUUGAAAUCCUUUUCUGACUACUUAACAUCUUAUGUCCGCUUUCUCAGGAAGAUUCUUCCAUACCAGUUGAAAAGUUUGGAAGAAGAGUGUGAAUCUUCUCUUUGCACAGCUGCAUUAAGAGCCAGGAACAUGGAGCUCCAAAACGACAUGAGGAAGCUGACGGCUGUCUUUGAGAAGCUGCACACGUAUAUUAGUCUUCUUGCCUUACCAAGCACAAAGCCAGACAGGCUGCUUCGGACAAACUUCAGCUCAGUGUUCACACAUGUUGCAUCUGCUCUUCAUGGGUUUCAUGAUAUCAUGAAAGAUAUUUCCAAGCAUUAUAGUCAAAAAGCUGCCUUGGAGCAUGAGCUCCCAACAGCCACGCAGAAGCUAAUAACCACCAAUGACUGCAUCUUAUCGUCUGUGGUGGCGUUAACAAAUGGAGCGGGCAAGGUUGCUUCAUUCUUUAGCAACAAUUUAGACUGCUUCACUGCCUCAUUGAGCUAUGGGCCUGAGGGAGGAAUGGAGUUUAUCAACCCCCUCUCGGCCGAAUGCAUGCUUCAGUACAAGAAGAAAGCCACUGCGUACAUGAAAUUACUGAAGAAGCCAUGCUGUGAUUCAGUGCCUUACGAAGAGGCCUUGGCCAACCGCAGAAUUCUUCUGAGUUCCACUGAGAGCAGAGAAGGCCUCGCGCAGCAGGUACAGCAGAGUUUGGAAAAGAUUGCAAAACUGGAGCAGGAAAAAGAACACUGGAUGCUGGAGGCCCAGCUGGCCAAAAUCAGGCUUGAGAAAGAGAAUAAAAAGGUUGCGGAUAAACUCAAGAACUCUGGUGGUGGCCAAUUGAUUGAAGCAAGCCUGGAAAGUUCUCUCCUGCUGAAUGCAGCUGAACAGGAGAAGGAGGUUGCCACAGAGAAGGUUCAGAAGGAGCCCGUUAAAUGCACGAGUUUGGUUGGAAUGCUAACAAUGACUGCUUGCAAUGAAGAGGUUCCAGAAGCUGAUACCCGGGAAGAUUUGAUAAAGAACCACUAUAUGGCAAGGAUAGUGGAGCUCACGUCUCAGUUGCAGCUGGCUGACAGCAAGUCAGUGCAUUUCCAUGCAGAGUGCCGAGCACUGGCAAAACGACUUUCUCUAGCUGAGAAAUUUAAAGAAUCAUCUGCAGAAGAGAUGAGGCAAGCGAGACAGAACAUCACCAGAUUACAGGAUGAGUUGACGACAACCAAGAGAAGCUAUGAAGAUCAGUUAAGUAUGAUGAGUGACCACCUCUGCAGUAUGAAUGAAACCUUAUCCAAACAACGGGAAGAAAUAGAUACACUAAAGCUGGCAAGUAAGGGAAAUUCCAAGAAGAAUAAGAGUCGAUAGUAUCAGUGAGCUGGUUGUCGUUCAGAUUUCGCUGCUGCACAGUGACACAGAUGCUGGAAGUGUUCAGUUGGCACGUGCCUCCUGACUGCACAUGGCUGUAGUGGUGGACUUAGACACUUGUAAUUUGGUGUUGUAUAUGGAUCUGAGACCACACUAGGUUUGGUAGUUGGCCUAAAGCAAAUCAAACUUGGUAUGGUCCACAAAGCAGGCAGGAAAUGUGCACUCCAUGGGUAACUUGCAUAGGAAUUAACCAUAACUUUUUACUAUACACUUUGUAAUUGCUUUUAAUUUCUGUGUACAAACUUCCAAGGUUUUGUAUAUUUGAGUGGAUGUUUGCAUAAACAAAUCUGGCAUCACUAUGGUAAUGUCUUUUCUGCCUUUGAGGUCACCAUUCCAACCCAUCCAUUCCUUUCUGUUAAGUGUAAAAAAAGUCAGAGCUAUCAAUGUUAUCAGCCAUGUGAGCUGUGCAGUUAUUGUAAAAUGUAUUACUAAUAGUCUUCUCUUCUAGGUUAGCUUAGAAUAUUGUCUGAGAAAGGCAGUUCAUGCAAAAUUCACAUUAAUUGGAAUAAGCAAUUAAAACAUGUGCAGUCAUAGUCCCUUGAAAUCAAAUGCAGAAAGUUGGCCAAAGAAGACAUUUAUAUAAAACUGUGGUGAAGAGAGGUGAUUUAUCAGGGGGUGGUGGUUGUUGUUACAAGUCCUCAGUAGCUGCUCACAGAAGUGGAUGGCAAGAUGUAACGGGAAACUAAAAUGAUGAACAUUAUUUUUUAGAAAGAUCUUUUACAUGAUAGGAGUUGGGAUAGUACUUAUGAUGUAUCCACUAUUUCAAAUGAAGGCUGCUAUGGUGAAGCUAACAAAGUAGCAAAUUAGAUAAAGCUGUGCACUUGAAGGCCAGUUUAGUCAUUGAUGGGCCAGAAAAUAACUUAUACGUUGUGGGGCCGGGCUUCAAAAAGUACCAUGCCCAUCUGCCAUGGCAGCACAUGAGCAAUAUGCUUGAUUGCCACAAUGCUAUUUUUUCUCCUCUUUGACGGUAACGAUUGUGCAUAGACACAUUCGUGCACUUUGAAUAUCUGGACAGGCUUUAUUGCCACACAGGUUCUGUAUAUGUAUUCUCCCAAAACUGUAAAACAUGUCCUGCUGCCUGUAUUUUGUAUUGGGCUGUUGGAUGUCUGAAGUGGCCCCACAGCUUUUUGGAAUUAUCCUGUGGACAUCUUGGGGUUCUAAAAUUAUUCCCAUUCACACUUUCUGUGGAAAUCUUAGCUGCGCUAACCUUCUUUACACAUUUCUAAGAAGGUUUACCACCACUCAUUCAUAAGAUGUCCCUUUACUGACUACUUCAUAUUGAAUUACUUCUGUUGUUACCAUAACAGAUAGUCCUAUGUUCAAGGGUUUAUUUUGCUGUAUCAACCAUGUCAAUGUGUAUUAUGAAUACAGAAUAAAUAUACUGCCAAGUUAAA